AGCGAGACUGUGCAUGGCAACGUCGCUUGUCGCCUUAACGUCGAGCUCUCCAGCUGCAACAAGCCUCAAGCUGACACUGCGCCCAAGGAGCUGCAGUCGCAUGGACGACGACGACCCGGGACAGGUCGUUGGGCCCCGCUGGCCGCCGGGUGCCCCGGACGACCUGACCGUUCCCAUUAUCACCUCGUCUGAACCGGUGCUUGGUCCCAGGACUCGGGAGCACGCGACUGCAAGCCAACGCUGGUGUCGCCCCUUCCGGGCGGUUUGGAAUGCGCUGUCAGCUGUUGUCCACGUGGUGGUGCUGGUGUUUAAGAUCAUCCACAUUGUGUUGGCUCUAGCGGUCUACUCCAUGCUGCUGCUCCCAGGCUUUCUGCGGAUGAUAUACUACUACUUCUUCAACAAGUGUGUCGUGCGCGGCGUGUUGUACGGCGACAAGCCCCGCCAGCGCUUGGAUCUCUACUACCCGCCCAGCAGCCGCGGCGCCCCGGCUACCACCGAGGGUGCCACGUACCCACUUGUCAUCUACGUCACUGGCGGCGCGUGGACCAUCGGCUACAAGGCCUGGGGCGCGCUGCUGGGCCGCCGCCUGAGCGAGCAGGGCGUGCUUGUUGCGUGCCUGGACUACCGCAACUUCCCCCAGGGGGACGCGCUCGACAUGCUGGAGGACGUCAACACCGGCAUCUGCUGGGUGCUGCGCCGCGUGCACCGCCUGGGCGGCGACCCCGACAACGUGACGCUGGUGGGCCAGAGCGCCGGCGGCCACCUGGCGGGUCUGUCGCUGCUGCGCCAGGCGGAGCAGGCGGCCAGCGGGCGGUCCGCGCUGGGCGCCACUCCGUCCUGGUCGCCGGGCUGCAUCAAGGCGUUUGUGGGCGUGUCGGGCGCGUUCGACCUGGUGGGACUGGCGUCGCACCGUGGCGGCACGUUCCGUGGGCUCCUGGAUCGCAUCCUGGCGGUGGAUGCCAGCGGCAUGAGCAGCGCUGAUGGCGGCGGAGGCGGCGCGGCCCGUGGCGUGGUGCAGGGCAUCGUGACCACAGCGGCGGUCAGUGCGUCGGAGGUGGCGGCGGCCGCCACGCUGUCGGCUGAGGACCGCGACGCCCCACCGCCUGGGGGGCCAGCGGUGCCCCCGGCGCUGCCUGACAUUGAGCAGGGCGGCGGCGGCGGCAGCGCUGCUGUGUCCUCUGCCAUCAUCGCCCAAGGAUCCGACAAGCACGGCGAGACGCCGCUGCUGCGGUCGCCCGUCAGCAGCUCAGCACCAGGCAGCCUUGCUGAUGGGCAGGCGCCAGCAGGUGCGGCGGCAGGUGGCGCGAUGGCGGGCACUCGCAGGGGUGGCACCCGGGUGCCCGCCUACGACGCGCUGUCGCCCCUGGAGGCCGCCCGCCGCAUGGGCUCCGACGCGGCGGCGCUGCUGCCGGAUGUGCUGCUGGUGCACGGCACUGCGGACAAGACCGUGCCGUGUGAGGGCAGUGCGCGGCUGGCGGAGGCGCUGCAGGCUGCCGGCGCUACCCGCCCUGUGCGCUGCGUGCUUGUGCCCGGCAAGACGCACACGGCCUUCCUGCUGGAGGACCCCAUGCGUGGAGGCCGCGACCUGCUCAUGGACUGCGUGCUGGGGGCCGUGCUGGGGGGAGGCGAGGACGACCCCGCUAUUGGGGGCCGGGUGUACAGCAGCCUGUGCCCCGGCUUCCUGUGCACAGCGGCGGGCUGGGUGUGCCCCUUCUGAGGAGCUUGUGUCACUCGUGUGAGCAAUUGAAUGUAAGGCAAUGAAUCAAUUAUGGGAAAGUCGGUAGGAAUAGGAGCUGACACACCGUCCGCUUGGCUGCAGCGGAAGAGCAGAACCACGUGUUGAGGGCUGUCGGUGUGCACGGCGGCGCACCCUGCGUGUACGUACAUAGUCCUUGAUGUCAAUUCAGGGGGGAGACCUGUGUCACUUGAACUGAAGGUUUUCGCACGAGCAUAGCGAGUAGUUGGGAACCUAUAUUUUCUACGAUCCGUAGCGACAGAGUAGUCCCUCUGCAUGGGGUACGGCGCUGUGUGACCGUUUGGUGCUACUUUUGGCGUUCCGUACUCAUAGCUACGACAGGUGCCUUGCUUCAGGCUCAGGUGGCCGGAUAGCUGCGUUCUGGGCUUCGAGAAGGCGCCACACGAUCGGAGAAGAAUGAAGAAAGAUGAAGAAAGAUGUGCCUUCUCUGCUUGUAGGUACUGUUGGUUAGGAGCUGGAGGCUAGUGUUCGCAUGUGUUUCAGUCUUGAAAUUGCUGGAAGGCCUGACGGCGUCAUUCGCGAGUAACUGUAACGGAAUCGUCGU